AUUUCAUUAAAUGUCAGAGUGAUAGUUUAGUGGCGGCUGUGGCGCUUUGGUCGGCAAUCGUUUAAAGCAUUCAGUUUUGAUCUUUUCUCCUAGAUGAGAGUACGUAGUACUCACUCGCGAAUAAUUCCGACUACAAAUUCGUUUCGGAUUUAUUAUUAUUUGCGCGUUGUACAAGUAUCACUACACAUCGUUAAUGCGUUAAAUAAAAUGAGUGUUUAACGUGUUCUUACACUAUAUUUGCAUUUAAUGACUGUGAAAAUGAAUGGUAAAAUGCACAGCGAAACGGGCACUUUCUCAUCCGAUGGUAUGAGAGCCGAAAUAUUAAAUCCUUUCGUCCACAAGCUUGAACUGGACAAUACAUACGACAAGAUAAGGACGGCGAUCUUCACAGUGAUUCUUCUGCCAUUCAGAGUUAUCGUCAUUUGUUAUCUGAUUGUAUCUGCUUGGUUUUUGGCCUGCAUCGGCUUGUAUGGACUCAGUGAGGAGGAUUUGAGAAGGAAACCAAUGACCGGCUGGAGAAGCAAACUGCGCUUCUAUAUUCUGUCCCUCAUGCGGUUGGUGGUGGUAGCUGCUGGUUUCCACCGCGUGCGUGUUCUGGGCCGUCACCACCUACCGUCCAGUCCGAGGGAUGCGCCGGUGGUGGUGAUGGCACCACACUCCUCCUUCUUCGACGCGAUCGCCAUCGUCUGCCUUGGCGCUCCAAGUGUCGUCGCUAAAGCUGACACCGCAAGGCUUCCAUUCAUUGGACAGUUAAUAAACUACACGCAGCCGGUGUAUGUGUGGCGGGAUGACCCUAACUCGAGACAGAACACCAUCAAAGAGAUUAUAGAACGAGCGACCUCCAAAGAAGACUGGCCUCAGGUGCUAAUUUUCCCCGAAGGAACUUGCACGAACCGCUCUUGUCUCAUCACAUUCAAGCCUGGUGGCUUCUACCCUGGGGUACCGGUACAGCCUGUGACGAUCAGGUAUCCCAACGCUAAAGACACGGUCACUUGGACCUGGGAAGGACCUGGCGCAUUGAAGCUCCUAUGGCUGACGUUAACUCAAGUGCAUAGCUCCUGCGAAAUCGAGUUCCUUCCGGUCUACUAUCCCAGUGAAGAAGAGAAAAAGGAUCCCAAGCUGUACGCGAGAAACGUUAGAGAUGUUAUGGCCAAAGCUCUGGGGGUGCCAGUUCUAGACUACACAUACGACGACUGUAGACUGAUCGCCCGCGCCAAGCAGCUCGGCAUACCGGGCGGCGCGCUAUGUAGGGAAGUCAGCGAACUUAGGGCCCACUUGGGUUUGGACAGUUCCCCUUCAGAUAUGGAGCCGUCUCCAGGCGCCUGGUAUGACUUGCAGCAGUUCGCGCGUCGUCUCGGCACAGACGCGCAGAACCCUCACGCUCGACGUCUCUUCGACAUUUACAAACAGAGGUCCAACGGCCUGGUCUUCUUCCCGGACUACCAGCUGUGUGCGUGUUAUCUGUCUCUUCAGCAUGAGCCUGUCGCGACGAUUCUACAACACGCCUUUAAGCUGUACGAGGCGUCAGGUCGAUUGAGUCGUAACCAGUUCGAGCACGUCGCCGCCCGCUGUCUCGGCCUGUGUGUGGAGGACGCGGGUCACGCCUUCACUCAGGCGGAUAUUGACGAGAAGACGUUCAUAACAUACGAUGACUUCAUAAACUUCGCUCAGAAAAAGGCGGAAUUCUCAUUUAUCUUCACAAGUGAUUCAACAAAACCGAAGACUCAGUGAUGGCGGGCGAGCGUCCCGACCGUUUGCAGUCAGGUACCGCUUAUACAGAAUUGACGAAAAAGAGAUUACGAAUUGAGGGGGAAUUAUGGAUAUGGCAAUCCCUAUUCUAAGGAUAUUGAAUUCUCUUUGUCCAUUUUUAAAUAUUUUAUCAUAAAAUCCAUAUCUUUUAACAUGCGUAACGAAACCUUUAUGUCAAUAUUUUAGUAAAUUUAUAGAUAUUGCGUAUUUAACUAUUUCUAUUUUUGCUAUGAUGGAAAACUUAAACAUAUUUGCUUUUAUGACUUCAAAUUAUUAUGAGUAAGAUUUGCUUUUCUAUGUAAUUAAUUAUAAAUGUAUAUUUUCGUAUUGCAAUGUUAAGAUUAUUUUAAAAAGCAAAUCUGUUAUUUAGAUUUACUACCUAAUUUGAAUAUCUGUAGUUACGUUCACUAGGUACAAAAUACUCGAAUAGUACCUAUUCCAUAAUAUAAAAGUUGGUAAAGUAUUUUCGCUACAUACUUAUUUUAUUUGUUUAGUCUGCACUCUGCAGUCUGAGAUGGCGGGUAAAUUAUGUAUAUCUAACAGUUGACACGUCUUGUCAAUUGUCACUUGUCAAUUUCUGAUUUCAAUUUUCAGUUUUUACGAUAAGUACUUGGUUCUAUUUGUGUGUAUAAUGACUAGUUAUAAACUUGUUGCAAUUAACAUUAUAUAUAUAAUGUAAAUAUUAUAUUGUUUAGCGUAAGCGUUGCAUUCACAGAGCUUCGACGUUAUUGUUAAUGUGAUAAUCUUUAAACAGUAUCGAAAAUAUAGACGGUGUAGCAGAAUUUGCUUAUAAAAGUUUUGAUAUUGUUCUAAUGCCUACUAAGAAGAAUGAAGUUUGUGUCGUAACUAGCAAUCUGCUCGAUGAUGUGCUUCCUUAUGAAAAAUUGCGGUGAGGUUUGUUGCUUGUUUUAAAAGUUCAUUUAAUAGCUAAAAUAUUCAUGCAAUAUACCAUAUACUCCGAUAAAAGAAAAAAAAUAUAAGUAGAUUUAAACAAAGUCUAGACUUCUGUGUAAUAAUUAAAAAUGUAAUUUUUAGAUUUUGAAAUAAGUUAUGUGUAGUGCCUAAGUCAAAUUUGAAACUUGUAAAUAGAAGUAGCAUAGGUUAAAAGUAAUUACCAAAUAGAAAAAGAUGGUUUAUUUUAUAUUUCUUUUACAUAAAAUGUAAUACUCAUUGACUUUAAUCAGUUUAUUUUAAACCAGUGUAUAAUUUAUGAACUAUUUUAAUAGAAUAUAUUUGCAACAUAUAGGGUCAAUUAAAAUUAUGUGUAUUGCAUUGCAAUUUAUACCUGGCUUUAUAACAAGGCUUAAUUAAAUCUUUAUAUCUUACAAAAAAAAAAAA